AUGGCAGUUGACAUCCUUGACGACAAGUCUGAGCACUGUAUACCUUUCAUCCUUGACAAGAUCAAGGCACAUUGCGACUAUCACAAGAAAGAAGGCACAGAUGCCCCGCCAUUCUUCCUCGGUCUGAAUGGAAUCCAAGGUGCCGGAAAGACCACCCUGCCCACGAAUCCACUAAUCCAACACCGCGGCCAACCCUCCACCCACGACAUUUCCCUCGGCAAAGACAUCUUCUCUCAACUCGCAGCCCGCAAAUCAAACAUCCGCAUCCCCAGCUACGACAAGUCUCUUCACAAUGGUCAAGGCGACCGUACAGACUCAGAGACUUGGGAACUGGUCAACAAGGACGGAGAACCACCGGUCGAAGUUGUGAUUUUCGAAGGCUGGUGUGUGGGCUUCAGGAGUCUGAGUGACAGAGAGUUGGUGGAGAAAUGGGAGGCUNACUUCGGUGCUUUGAUCCAUAUCGAUGCUGUCGAUACGCUUUUCGUCUAUGAGUGGCGCUUGGAGCAAGAGCGUGCCUUGCGAAAAGCAAAGGGAACUGGCAUGAAAGACAAACAGGUCAUCGAAUUUGUCAACGGCUNNGUGAGUUGUCUGAGAACCAUAGUUGCUUCGCAACGUCCUGUACUGACCCUCUUGUGCACAGAUUAUCCAGCCUACGAGCUCUACACGGAAGUGCUUCGCAAAGGCAUCUUUGAGAAGACUGGCAAACAGCUGCGUCUGAUAGUCAACAAGCAGCGCAAAGUAGAGGAAGUGGAAAUACAGUAA